GGCUUCCGGGACUAAAUAACACACAUAUAUUAUCGUUAAAUACCGAGAAGACUUCUAUCGCAUCGCAGAGAUAUACAGAGAGACGAAAAUGGUGUACGCAGCUCCUCAUUUUGUGAAAGUCCAAGUGGAGGCUUUCGUCUUUCUGGAGGUGCUCGAGGGAAUUGUGGGUUGGCUGCUCUUCACCGUGGUGACGAUCGGAGUUGGGGCCCUGGGACAGUUCAUGACAGAUCGGAUUUUCUGGACAGGCGUUGGCAUGUCCGUGCUUGAAGCUAGCUCAAAGUUUCUUCGCGGUCGCAUCCAUCGCUUCUUUUUCCAUGGUAUGUCCUGCUCCCAGGUGUCAACAGCUCAGGGUUCCUCAUACCGAUACAAGCUGGGAACUUACCCCGUUCUUGGUGGUCGCUUUCGUGUCACGUUCGCCUAUGUCUUCAUCAUUGCACUUGUCCGCCUCCUUGUGAUGGUCGCUCAACUGUCUCUAGGGAUUCAUAUGCACCAACAGAUCCCCAGCUUUAAAAAGCGUCCCGAUUACCCCAAAGAAAUGGGCAACGCGCGUGUAGUGGAAUGCAUCCAAUUCACGUACGCAUGUCUGUUAUCGCACUCAGUCCUUGUUGGACUGCUCAUCUUCUUGCCCCGGUUCUGGGCGUCACUCGCACCAUAUCUUUCAAGGGUGUGUGGAAUAUGUGUUGGUUGUGGCGGGUGUUGUGGUGGCGGGUGUUGUGGCAGCACCUGCUGCCAGGAGGCAGAGGACGACAGCUCGGCAUUACGCGAUUGUCCGUUGAUCGAACGCAUGGAUGCAGCUCAGAGAGUGAUGGAGAUGGGGGUGACUUGGUACGUGCAUCGUCAUCGGCACUGGUACUUCACUGCAGUGGAGGCUCGAAGCAACAAGGAGCAGUGCGGACUUCCAGGCUACUGGUUCUACAGCGUGGAGAAGCUCGUGAAGCAGGUGGGAGAUCACUUGCAUGACCUGGCCGAUUGCAACAGGCACAGGGCAUCAAGGCGGCAAGGACGGAAGGUCCGCAAGGAGCUGACGAUGGCCUUCGAAUCUCUUCUGGAGCUGUCCCGAGAGCAGAGGGCUUGUGAAUGCGGCGAUGGCGUACCUGAUGAGACAGCCACUUACCUUCAGGACCUGCCUCAGACUAGCCGCUGCAGAAUUGACGCGGAUGCCGGCCGCGACUUCGCACGAGCUGGAGGCUAUCUUGUGAUGCUGCAGGUGCUCAAGUGUUGCCCACAAGACUCAGAAGAUGCACAAUUGGCUGCUUCCAUCUUGUCAGGCUUCGCUGCAGGUCUGUCCGUUCUGACCUGGCAGCCUGGCCACUCUCGCGAGAUCAUUCACAUGCUGGAACACCCAGACUUCAGCUACUGCACGAGGGAAGUGCUGGAGCACUUGGGUGACCAGAUGAGGCGAACCGUGGCACAAUCCAUUCCUGCAAACGUCCCUCCAGACGUCCCUCCAGACGUCCCUCGAAUCACACCGCAAGCCAACGCUCAGGCCAGCGCUUCAACAUGUCACUUCUCUUCUGCUGACGACGAGUCCGAUCGACGCUCCCAGGAGGGUAAGCAAGACACACACAAGCUCCAGGGAGCUCUCUUCUCCGCAAUCUGUUCCUAUGCAGAUAUGGCCGGUGACGUCUUUGCGCACCUGCGGUGCCCAGAGCGGUCGCAGGCUUCACAGUCAUGUAGAGGGCAGGGCAACGGUAGGCUAAGCGUUGUUGAUCCCCAGCGAUAUAUUCGCAGGCUGAGUAAUGCCUUCACCACUUUUUGUCCUCUCGGGUGGUUCCUUGGGGGGAGCUUUCCUCCACUUGACCCCCUCGAGGAUGCCUGGUUGGAGACAGUGAGGAGUUCAUUCACUGACGAAAUGGGUGGCAUCAAGAACAGCAUCCUGCAUACCUUGCUGCAGUGUGCAAGCAGUUCGUCUUCCUUCCCUUGCAAGGUGGUGACCGACUGCAUCAGGACCCUCUCCUGUCUCCUCUCCCGGAGGAUGAUCUAUUGGCACCGGUUCGAUAUGCGGCACGAGGAGCUGCCUGAGCCUUUCAUCCAGAUCAGCUCUGUCAACGCGUCUGCAGAACUAAGGAGCGGACUGAUGGACCUGGUUGUUCGGUGCAGCAAUGAAGAUGAUCCGCUACAUUGCCUGCCGGUUUUCUCAAAGCUGCAGCUAGCCAAGAUUCUUAUGUCUCAAGACAUAAGGGAUAAGGACGAGAAGGUGGUCCAGGUGCUUUUGUCGUGCCUCAGUUAUUGGAGGAGAUCACUGGGUGCCAAGGAGCUCGAUUGGCUGGCGUGUGAAACUGUCGAGAUGCUCUUGGAUCUCCUUCGCACUACUACUCAGGCCAGAGCUGACAUCAAACAGUUGAUUGCAAGCUCGCCUGGGGGUCUCGAAUGCCUUGCACUGAUGCUCAGACAACUAUUCCCCAGGAUGGAUGCUGUUCGUAUCUUCAACCCACGUCACACCCCUAACCGUCAGAAGACUCAGAACGGGUUGAAUGCAGGCAGGGACGGCAAAUGGGCGGCCACGGAGCACAAGUCGAUUCGUUGCUCGGCGGCCGCAGCAGCACUUUUAGAAGAGAUGACGACUAUCAAAGGUGAUGGGCCUGAUGACUAUGGUGAGGCGAGCAUUUUACUACCCAACUGCUCGGGAUUACUCAACAGUUUGAAGAGCGUGAUAAAUAAUUUUUGUGACCACAAAGAAUCAGGUGCGAUGUCGAAUCGCCACGGAGCAGCGGAAGCACAGGGCUGUCCAUGUGGCAGCUUCGAAAUAAGCCCAGCUUGCAUGCAAAGGUUGUGGGGAUGUUUUAAAGCUCGUUGCCUACUGCUCUUCGUCGAGUCUCUCGGCCAUCCCGCAUGGCUUCCUCCUUGCUCGUGGACAGAGGCCAUAGAUAGCGUUUCACAAGGGGAGCGGCACAACAGCAUGGAGGACCUGGAGUACGAUGUGAAUGUCCUUUUGGCAGCAAGAAACGCCGUGAGUUUCGCCUGCCAUCUCAUCCUUUCUCGCUGGCCGAUGCUCAGUCAGUACCAGUGCGUCGUCCUCUUCCCUUCAUUGGUUCGGCUGCUUCGACUGACCCCUCCUGGGCCUCCUGAGCUGCAUGCAGUCCUCGUUUUAAAAGAUCGGAGCGACGAGAUAAGGUGCAAGAUUAUGAGCUUGAUCACUGUCAUUGCGGCCUUAGCCGAGGAGAUGGUGAACGGUCGCACGGCAUCGUCGCUGCCCCAAGGCAUGAUAGAGUCGCUCCGCACUAGUCUGAACGAGCUCGGUCCUCUGGACAAUGUGCAGCAACCGGAGGACCCCAUCGGGCCGCAGGACCAGAUCCCCCUAGACAAUGACCACUUGGAGGAAGGGGAAGAUGACGCCCCCCUUAAUGUCAAUAGGCAAAGAGUAAGCAUAGGGCCUGGCCCGUCGACGAACGAGAUUGGGCCCACUGGGGACAAUGAGGAGUCUUCGCUGGAGUUCGGUGAUGGGGGCGCAGCACAAGACCUGGAGGGACAUGGUCUUCGUUCAAGCAAGGAGAGUGCUCAGCCUGAAGGACGCACGGAGCAGUCUCAUAAUCCUACCCAGCACGCAGUCGCUGCAGUCCAAGACAUGCAAGAGAGAACUGAGAGUGUACAAAAAGAUGCGCAAAGCAGCAGCCAUGAUGCUUCUCAGACCGUGGAGGAGGGCACAAGCGCACAGGGGAGCAGCUCUGCCACAGGGGUUUCUCCCCCUAACAUAGAGUCUGACCCAGAUGAGCCAGAAGUCCCUGAAACCUCCUCCAUGGUGGAGAUAGUCGUUCGCAACGGGACGCACAGAAAGACAAAGCAGCCGGUAGCUGAAGAAUGAGUUGGGGUGUAACAUCAACUUGAAGGCCGUACAGUCCGUACUCACACUAGAACUUUCCUAAAUGUAUCUGACCCUCCAGAGCU